AUGAUUCACUUUAAAAAUAUAUCUAAUAAACUAUUAUGCUUCAAAUGGAAAAUAAAAUUUAAUACUUAUAAAAAAGCAAGUGUGCAUUUUUCAGAUUAUGUAAAAAUACAAAAUAAAUAUCCGAUAAACAAAAUAACCCCUGCUUUUUUUUCUACUUCAAAAAAUUCAGAUUACAUUAAUUAUAUCAAUGAUAUAAAUAGUUUCCUUGAUAUAUUUCAGAAAAACUUAGAAAGUACUUCUAAUAAUGAAAAUAUCGUUUCUGUAUUGCAAAAAAUAAAAAAUGAAAAAAAAUACGAAGAAAAUGAGGACAUCUUAGAAAUAAUAAGUAGCAUAAAAUUAUUAAUAGAGAAAAGAGUUCGUCCAAUAAUUUUAAAUGAUGGUGGAGAUAUAAAAUUUAUUUGUUUUGAUAUUGACAGUGGUAUAGUUUACGUACAGCUAGAAGGAGCUUGUGUUACAUGCUCACAAAGUGAAAUGACUCUCCAGUACAUGAUAAAAAAUAUGUUGACAUAUUACAUAUCUGAAAUUAAGGAAAUUAAAAAUGUAACAAAAAAUGGAGAUAUUAUUUAA